UAAAUCGUAGAGGGAGGUUUUGAUCAGCUGAGGCAGACUGUAUAUAAACCUCGAACAGCUGUUCCUGAGCAUCGUUUGGUUGCCUGCAACUGUCUGAAGACCUCAAGCUCUCCGGAGGAAUUUGCUAAAGUGAUCACAAGGCCACGCUGAUCAUGGACAUAACCAUCAGCAUGCUAAACGGGACAUCCCACACCCUGAGGGUGCACCCUGGGGACACAGUGGGGUCUCUGAAAAUCCUCAUCCAGGAGAAACUAGGAGUUCUCGUUGCAACGCAGAAGCUGGUGUUUGUGAACGGCAUGAACACCGAUCUCAGCGACGACUCGAGGCCCCUGAGCUCCUACGGCUUACAACAUGGCGCCAGGGUGUCCCUGCUGGUGACCCAGCCGGUGACCCCGCUGGUGACCCAGCCGGUGACCCCGCUGGUGACCCCGCCGGCGACCAUCCAGGUGUUCCUCAGAAACGAAAAGGGGACGAUAAGCACCUACGACAUCAAACCCGAUGAGACCGUGAGCCACUUCAAGACCAAGGUCCAGAGCAGAGAGGGGGUUCCGGUGAGCCAGCAGAGGCUCAUUCACCAAGGCAGAGAGAUGACCGAUGGCAGACGACUUUCCGACUACAACGUUGGAGCGCUGAGCACCAUCGACAUGACGUUCCGUCUAAGAGGAGGCUGAGGACACUUCCAUCUAGUUAAUAUUGUGUAAUCUGUACAUUCCUUUAUUUAACCUAACUCAAGAUCAUAGAACCCCAAAUGCCAUUUCGUAUUUAUUUGUAUUUUCAUUUUGAAAAAUCAAUGCAUUCCAAGUAUAAUUCUGCCAUAUCU